AUAUACAAACUCAACUGCCUUCUCCAAACGCCACAUUGUUCGUUGUACUUAAAAAAAGCUAACAUUAAGGGGGGAAAAAAAGAAACCAUCCCGAAAAUCUUACAUGGUAUCGAAAAACCCGAACCCGGCCGAGGGAUUUUACCUGGAUCCUACCGGAAUGGCGUUGCCAGGCCUGGGACCCUUCGCCGCCACAGAUGCGGCGGCUUCCACGGUUUCAUCUUCCGAGGAUCCGAAUAAGAAAAUCCGAAAGCCCUACACCAUAACCAAGUCCAGAGAGAGCUGGACUGAACCUGAACACGACAAGUUCCUCGAGGCUCUCCAGCUAUUUGACCGUGACUGGAAAAAGAUCGAAGCAUUUGUCGGGUCAAAGACUGUUAUUCAGAUUCGUAGUCAUGCCCAGAAAUAUUUUCUAAAGGUUCAGAAGAAUGGAACAAAUGAACACCUACCUCCACCUCGACCUAAAAGGAAAGCAGCUCAUCCAUAUCCACAGAAAGCCUCAAAAAAUGUUCAUGUACAGCCACAAGCAUCAGGGUCUCUUCAAUCAUCGAAUGCAUUAGUUGACACUGGAUGUGUUCUGAGAUCUGAUCCCUCAUUGAUGCUUAUGAACCCUGUUACUGCGGCGUCUUCCUGGACACACAAUGAACAAACCAUCAGUUUCUCACAAGCUAAAAAAGGUUCUGGAAUGGCCAAUAAAUCUAGGGGCAGCUCAAUGAGCACCCCACAGAGGCGACAAAUUGGAGAGAUGACUAAUCAGGGAAAUCAUGGUCAUGCACUAAGAGUGUUGCCUGACUUUGUUCAAGUAUACAGUUUUAUUGGCAGUGUCUUUGAUCCAAACACUACCGGUCAUCUCCAGAAACUUAAAAAGAUGGAUCCCAUAGACAUUGAAACGGUGCUGUUGUUGAUGAGAAACCUCUCCAUCAAUCUGACAAGUCCUGAUUUCGAGGAUCAUAGAAAGCUGCUUUCUUCCUACGAGAUUGACACAGAGACAAUUUAUCAUGGUGGUGCGUGUAAAGCCGUCGGUACUUGACAAUGACCUGUCUGGAAAUUACUUAAUAAGAAGCUCUAGAAUCAAAAAGCGACAUAUACUAUAUGAUGUUCCGUUAGUAUAUUUAUUGUUUGAUAGGAUCACCGGCUGCAAAUUUUCCGAAUAAUUUCCCCCAUUCUGCGAUCGUGUAUAUACACUGUGAGAGAACUGGGUGCAGCAGAAUGAAAGGAAAAAGAAUGGCAAAGAGAGUGUACAGUGCUUAUCUUUUUGGUUUUUUUUUUUUUUUGAAGUGGGUAUUUUGUACAAUACAGUGUCUUGUGUAUUCAAGUUUUGACUGCUUGUUUAUAAAUAUAUAUAUGCUAUGUUGGUAUAUGACAUAGUAUUUGUGUAAGAA